AGAAAUAAUGUGGCCAGUAAAUUUUGAAGACCAAACAAAUCGGGACUGCGUGUGACGUCGUCGGGUCUGCCCCACAUUCCCCAAGGUUAAUAGAUCUGGUGGCAGUCACGUGAUCCGGCUCACUCUAGUUGUUGGCACUUUGUGUCUCAUCAGCAACUCCUUCAAAGACUGAAUUGACGACUGAUCGGACCCAAAGCGCAGAGUGGGUGUAUAAAGAUUUAAAAUAGAAAUAAAUACAAGAAUAAUGGAUUCCGUGGAGGGGAGGAUCUCGGUGUGGGUGCGCGCGGAGGAGAAGCUCGCCUUCGGCUUGUCGAAACGCACAACCUGCGCCGAUGUGGUCAAAGCGCUCCUGAAGGAUUUAAAACAACCCGAACCGCUGCUGCCGCAUCGCUACAGCAUUGCGGAGAAAUGGAGGGGCCUCCAGAGGGUUCUACCCGACCGGACCAGGAUUUGGCGCCUUUGGGUGGCGUGGGGAGAGGAGCGGGACCGGGUGAGGUUCGUAUUAGUGGGCUGCAGCGAGGCGGCCCGGAGCGCAGAGGCGCGCGUGGUGCUGCUCGGCAAACACAACCUUGUGUCCAAAUGGACUCCGGGCUCUUACUUGACGGAGGUCCCGAUGGACAAGCAGCGUCGGAUCGUCAGGAAAGCUUUCAAAAAGUUGGAGAAGAUGCAGAGGAAACAGCCUUCCUCUUCUGGCGCGGGCAAGUUGCAGGCUUUGGCGCGUCUCGUCGUCUCCCAGGACCGCACCAUCCGCCUGCAGGCUCUCAGGAUUCAGCAACUGGAUGCUGAGAUCGAAAGGCGAGAGGCGGAAGUGCAUUUGGACCGAACCCGAACCCACGGCGUCGAUUAUGUGCAGAACACUUAUUUAUUCGAGCGUGCAGCAGAGGAUGUUUCCAAUCAGUGCUCUUUGGAAGUCUUGCUUCACCUGUGUGACGUCAUGUGUCAGGAGGAGCUGCGGGAGCAGGAAGCGCUCACCGACAUGUUGACCGCGCAGAAGGAGGACAAGUUCAACCGCCACUGGAUGCGGAGGAGGCGAGUAGAGGACGAGGAGGAGGAGACCUCAGCAUCCUUCAUCGCGGCAGGAGACGAGAUGCUUUUGAAGGAGCGGCUGAGGAGAUUGCUGGAUGUGAUUUUGUUUGUGGGCCUGCGCCUGCGCUCGGAUUUGGAGGCUAUUAGGGGCGAUUUGGAGCUGAGCCGGCAGAUUUGCAGCAGUCGUGAGGAGGAGAUGAAGGAUUUGCUGGAGAAAAUCAACUCUUUGGGAUCGGAGGACGGGGUGGACACUCAGGGGGGGGCAGAUGAAGCCCAGAGGAUGACGAGUAGUUUGGAGAGGAAGAGUGAGUGGGUAGAGCAAGCGAGGGGUCUGUCCAAAUGCGACGAUGACGACUCAGACACGGGUUUGAGCUCUCUCCACAGCCAGGAGUCGGACAGCGUCACUGUGUGCCAGUCUCUGGUUUAGAAUUGGACCUGGCUCAAUCAUGUCUCUCACUCAGCCUCAGCCUUGUCUCUGAUUGUAGGAUUUGACUGUCCAUGCCCAUGUCACUGACUCUGGAACUGAGCCACCCUAAACUAUGCAUUUGCAACGAUGCAACUAUAAACCAGUCAGGAGCACAUUUUUUUACUCAAAAACUGGACCUGUCUGGCUGGCCCUUGUCUCUGACUUGAGAUGCAGACCAGUGCGGGCCAUUUCUGACUCUAAAACUAGAAUUGUUUGGAUAGCAACUAUGAGUCUACACCUGCACCACUUUGGACAGCGUCUCUGACUCUGGAAUUGGACCAGUCAGCUUUAUGUGUGUGACUCCAGAACUUGACCGUCUGGACCUUGUUUCUUACUCGAUACAACUGAGCCAACUUGGUCCAGACUUUCGACCUGGACCAGUCUGGACAAUGUCUCAGAAUGACUCUGAAAUUGCACCGGGAAUGAACAUGUCUCAGGCGGCCCCGUGGGAAACUGGUUAGCACGUCCGCGCCACAGUGCAAAAGUUCAGGCUUCAAAUCCUGGCUCCGGCCUUCCUGUGUGGAGUUUGCAUGGUCUUGG